UUUUUUUUUUUCUAAGGCAAACGGUACCCAUCACAUAGAACUCUUUGUCUCUCUAUAUAUAUUAUGGCUGAAAAUAACAUUUUAUUCCAAGAUAUUUUUGAUAUCAAAGAUAUUGAUCCCAAUGGCAAGCGUUUUGAUAGAGUGUCUCGUGUGAUUGCUCGAUCUGAAAACUAUGAAAUGGACUUGACUUUGGACGUGAAUUCUGAACUUUAUCCUUUGGACAUUGCUGAAAAGUUCUCCUUGAUGCUUGCCUCAUCUUUAGCAUUGGAUGGAUCAACUGGUACUGAUACUAGAGAAAGUUGGAGAGAACGUGCUCCUGGAGAACGUGACUUGAGUGAUGAAUAUGAAUAUGUUAUGUUUGGGAAGGUUUACCGUUAUGAUGAUUCUACAAGUGGAAGUGGUGCUACCAAUGUAUCUGCUGGUCAAAGAGUUUCUGUUUAUGUGUCGUUUGGUGGUUUAUUGAUGUGUUUAGAAGGUGACUAUAGACAUUUGCAAAAGAUCACUGUAGGUGAAAAUGUUUAUUUAUUGAUGCGAAAGUAGACAUAGAUAAAAUGUAUUAGUUGUUAUUCUUUUUUUUUAUUACUAUUAUCAUCAGUUAUUGUAUAUAUUCAUAUAUCUUUUUCCUUUCUUUUAUCAUCAUUUUAUUAUCAAUAAAAAAAAAAGACAUGAUCAUGGAACAUUAUUGUCUUAACAGGGAUUAUCUUCGG